ACCCGAGCAAGGGACAUCGACCGCUAUAAAACGCCCUUGCCAAAACGUAGACUGAAGAGAGAGAGAGAGAGAGAGAGAGAGAGAGAGAGCAGAAGAAGAAGAAACGGGCGGGAGGUUUUCUCACUUGCCUCUUCCUCCUCCCCUCCUCUCUCCUCUCCAGAUGGAAUCCUAUGAGAUCUCAUCUCCUCCUCAUGAUCCUCCUUUCUCUGCCCCCGGAUCCCCUCCGCCUUCAGAUGACACUCACUUGUCUGCAAACGACGCCCUUCUUGCUGAUGAUAUCCGAGGCAAGAUUAUCAAGCAGGUAGAAUAUUAUUUUAGCGAUGAAAAUUUGCCCACAGACAAGUAUUUGAUGAAUUUGUUGAAGAAGGACAAAAAUGGAUUUGUUCCGAUUGCAGUUAUUGCUUCCUUUAGGAAGAUGAAAAAGCUCACCCAAGACAUUCAAUUAAUAGUUGCUGCGCUCAGGGAAUCUUCUCAGCUUGUUGUGAGUUCAGAUGGGAAGAAGGUAAAACGACUUCAUCCUCUUUCACUCACUGAGGUCAAGGAUUCAAAGAUAUGCACUGUUUUGAUAGAAAAUUUACCAGAAGACCACUCAACCGAGAACAUUCAGAGAAUAUUUGGGGCAGCUGGAAACAUAAAAAAAAUUUGCAUUCAUGACCCAUAUGCCACAGAAGAGUCAACAAAAGACAGCAGGGUGGAGAAGCUGAUAAGUGGUAAGUUACAUGCUAUUGUGGAUUAUGAGACUGUGGAGGCUGCUGAGAGAGCUGUGGCUACUUUAAAUAAUGAACAAGACUGGAGAAAUGGCAUGAGGGUCAAGCUUCUUCACAAGCAAAUGGGCAAGUAUGGACAGAGAAGAAAAGGCUGGAAGGGAUCUGAUAUGGAGAAAAAUAGCAGUGUUGGACCAGCUCAUCCAGCAGGAGAUGAGGAGAAUAACUCAAGUGAGCGUCAUGAUGAAACACCUGAUGAAGAACUUUAUAGGUCAACUACUCGAAUCAACUAUCAGCAUGCAGUCAUGUGUGCUGCUUCUCUUUUGUCUCAGGAUGGGGAGCAUUUGACGAAAGAGAAAAAUGGCCCGAGGGGCCGGAACCGAGGGCGAUCAAGGGGACAGAAAUACCGGUGUAUGAAUGGACAGGGUCAUGGAACCCUCUCAUCUAGUUAUGGUGCUGAAGGCUCAAAGCCACCUCCUGGCCCAAAAAUGCCGGAUGGGACCAGAGGUUUCACAAUGGGGCGUGGGCGACCUCCUGUUUCCAGGCCAAACUAGCAAUUAUCCGAAUCACCAGAGCCUGGACAGUCCUAAUAUUUCAACUAGUUCUCCAAAACCGUCAGUGAUCAGUAUGAAGGGAAAGUGUGUUUAUGUGUGCACUGAUCCAAAUGUGAGCUGUAUUGGGAUGUCUGAUGUUUGUGGUGUUUUCGGUUUGCAAAGGAAUUCUAGUGUUAGACACCAAGUUUUGGGUUUGCUUGUGGAUUGUAGUUUGUUAAAUGUGUAAUAUACUUGUUGAAUUGUAUUCAUGAAUUCACUUGCCUCAA